AUGCUGGCUGUCACGGUCAAACGUGGCAGCUUUUUUUCCGGGCGAGCGAGCCGCAGUGCGGGCCAGCGCACCUCUGCUGCUGCCGGGCCGUCCUCGCGCCGCUCACGCGGUACCUUCGGCUUUGACGUCGUGCCGACGAACCGUUCGGGGAUCGGCCCUCCCUGGCCGGCCCCGAACUGUCCACGCUUCCCGGCGUGGACUUCUGGCCCACCGUCACGCCUCAGCGCUGCGGAUAGCCCUUUCAGCAGCAGAGGCGCUCAGGCCUCCACUUUCGUGCCCUUUCUGACAACAUGCACUCAAGCUUCAGAGCAGGCCGGGGCCCGGCACCAGACUGCGUUAUCACCUGUCGCUUAA